UGUUUUCCCGGGUGCACCUGAACGCACCCGUAAAGUCAGCAGAUGCUGCAGCCGCUGCGGUUACUGCGGAGCGCGUUUGAAAACAAUGUUGCAGAACAGGGGAGCAGAUGUAUCUCGAUGACUAAUGAUGGUCCGCCGUUCCAGAGACAGUCCUCGGUUCAGGACCAAUGAGUCCAGCGGUUCCGGUGAGGCUGAGGUGUCCCCCCGCGGGCUGCCGCCGUGGAUGCGGCUGUACUUCUACGGAAUGCACGGCGUCACCCUGGACGUGCUGCUCAGCGCGGCGCGAGGGGUUUUAUCCGACCGGGACCCCAAGUUAGUGGGCUUUUCCUCCCCGUAUUUGUGCGUGUUGCAUUCACUGACCCACUUAGCGCUGGAGAAGGUCUACGCGAAGAAGAGGUGCUUUCAAGGGAGGCCUGCGGUUUUCCACCUCCUCCUUUAUCCAUCAGUUUACCUCGGGCUGCAGCUCCUGAUAGGCAACGUCCAGAACAUUCUGAGCAAGCAGCCGAGGGUCAUUUCAGGGUCGCACUUGGUCCUCCACUACAUCCUGGCACUUUAUUUUAGUCAGGUGUUCCACAAGGGGUUGUCUAGGCUCCGGUACUUUCCCAUCGGGGGAGCCCUUCCUCUUCAAAGUCUCCCUGGGUACGUCCGCUUCUUGUUUUUCGGCAUGCACGGCUUCCUGGACGAGGUGGCCUUCACCUCCGUGUUCAACCUGGUGGAGAAGCGGACCCUGGCAGGUUACACGUCCCUGUGGUCCUUCCUCAUGUACGGCAGCUGCAGCUUCGUGGUGGAGAAGCUCUACCUGCACCUUCACUUUAAGAGAGGCUGGAGGACCUGGCGGAGGCUCCCCAUCUACAUCUGCUUCAUCUACACCUGGGAGCUGUGCUGGGGUCUGGCUCUGAGGCAGUUUGGCGCCUGCUCCUGGGACUACUCGCACUACCCGCACAACUUCAUGGGUCUCAUCACCCUCCUCUACUUGCCCGGGUGGGCCUGCCUGAGUCUUUAUCAGGACGUGCUGUCCAACAUCUUGCUCGGCAUCAGGUGCGCCACGGAAACUCGGCGAUCGAGCGCGGAUGGCCGCGAAGUCAACGGACUGCCUCCGUCUUGGAAAAAAAGAUUUUGAAAUGUACACGGCAUGAAUUGGGCCGCGGAGUAACAUCAGUUCUCAUAAAGCUGCUCCUCAUUACAAACGCAACAUCAAGUCCCAACAUGCCAAACUUGUUCUGAAUGCCACGUGAGAAAGACCGGUUUGGACGGGGUGACGUCGACUUGCGGUGUGGCACGGACUGUCGAGAUAAAAAAAAAUGGAAACAAAAACUGUGCAAUAAAAUAUAACAUGUUCUUGUGAAUGACUUUGCA